AUGUCUUCUACCCACGACGACCAGAGCGCACUCUUUGUCGGGACUUUCUUUAGUGUUCUAUUCUAUGGCAUUUUCGUCCAUCAGUCCUUCGCCUACUUUCGGAGCCGCCCUCAAGACGGAACGUACGCGUGGUUCUCGGUCCUUCUGACUCUCUUCCUGGAGACUCUGCAUGUCGCGCUCGCGUUCCAUACAUGUUUCACCUUCUUCGUGAACGACGUCUCCGAUCCCGGUCUCUGGAAACAUGGCUUAUGGUCUCUCAAAUGUCUGUAUGUCAUAGGGGCGUGUGUUAUGAUCGUCACCCAGACGUACAUUCUCCGGCGAUUGUCGUUGAUGGGUAAUGACACAACAAUCGUAGCCUUGGUCGCACUUGUGUUAUUUGUCGCUAAAUUCGGUCUUGUCAUCGCUCUGACAAUCCGCAUCUUCACAUCAACGUCACCACAUCCCCUCGUAGAUGAAUUUACGAUCGUGGUGUCGACGCAAGCAGUCGCGGUCGCAGUCGACGCGCUCGUCUCGGGGACGAUCGUCGUCGUCCUGCACCGCGGCCGGACGGCGCAGCGGCAGAUGUCUGCCGGCGCCCCAGACCACGACGACCAAGAAUGGGUCGACCGAUCCGUACUCUACGGACUAAACUCUGGGGUGCUGAUCGGGAUCCUCGACACUCUCACUCUCGUGCUGGCCGUCGCGUUUCGCGACACACCGUGGUGGUCGGCCGCGAACCAGAUCACGGUGAAGCUGUACGCCAUCACUCUGCUGUCCGUAUUGCACGUCCGCAAGCCUAUCGACACGCUCGUGGCCGGGGUCGUCGCCGUCGUCGGCGAGCUUCCACAAGGCGCGCUCGAUGGCAUCGUUGGGGAGUGUGAGCCUGGGCACGGAUCGAGCGUCGGCGGGCGGGCGUCCGUCGGAGGCGCGUCGGGGGUGAUGCAAGUGGGUGUGCGAGAUGAUGAUGCGUAUUACUUCGACCCUUCUCAUCCCUGA